AUGAAGUUGAUCGCACUGCUCGCUGUGAUCACAUUCACUGCUUCGUACGUUCAGUGCGAGAAGAUUCUGCUGCUGAAUGCGGCUCGAAUCGGGCAAUCGCACGUGUUUUUCAUGGGCAAAAUCGCCGACGUUCUUCAUGAAGCCGGACAUAAUGUGGUGAGUGGGAAGAGAAAAAAGUGUAGUUUAGACUGUUAUACGAUAGCAAUCAAAUUUAAGACACUUUUAAAAUGGUACAUUUUUUUUAAAUUCGAUGAAAUAUUGUCACGAUGACACUUUCUUUCAAAAAAAAUUUAGAAAAUAGGUCAUCAUGACAUAUUUUAAAAAAGCUAAAACAAUUGUCAAAAAGUAAAUUGCACAUUAGAAAUACAAAAGUAUUUUACACAAAAUAAAGUCUGUCACAAUGACAUAUUUAUUUUCAAAAAAUGUGUCACCAUGAUUUAAUUUUUCUGAAAAUAUGUCAUCAGAAAAUAUUUAAAAAAAGUCAAAAAGUGACAAAAGAUUUGUUUUUAAUUAAAAAUAAGAUUUUUGGUUUAAUAAAAAACAGUCAUAAUGACACACUUUUCUAAAAAAUAUGUCAUGAUGAAAAAUUUUUGUAAAAAACCAGUCAUGAUGACCCACUUUUCUAAAAAAUAAUGAAAAACCUUUCUAAAAAUCAGUCAUGAUGACGAAUUUUCUAAACAAAUUCAAAAGUUCUAAAAUCUUUAAAAUUCUAUAAGAUUUUGAUCACUUUAGACGUUUUACCAACAAGACGCCUUUACAUCCCUCACGAAAGUCGGAGCCAAGAAGGCCAAUGUUGUGGUACGUCCAUGCGACACAGGCUGCAGAGAUCAGCCCAGUGAUGACGUUUGGAAGACUGGAGAUGAGAUGAUGGAGAACUUGGAGGUGUACCAUAUUUAUGGUAGCACUAUGGGCUCUGCUUGCGAAUGUAAGUUGAAAAAUGUCAUUUGACACAAUUUUCUAAAAAAAGUAACAGUGCCAUCAUGACUUGACACAUCUUUUGGAAAAUCAGUCAUCAUGACACAUUUUUGGUAAAAAUGUCAUUAUAACAAUUUUUUAGAAAAUCUGUCAUCAUGACACUUUUUUAUAAAAUUUGUCAUCAUGACGCUUUUUUUGAAAAACUUUUUAUUAUGGCACAUUUUUUUGUAAACUUGUAACCAUUACUCUUGUUAAAAAAAAAUUUCAAAAUUCAAAAUUUUAAACUUCAAAAUUUCAGCCCAGCUAAAAGACGAAGCUCUAACACAAUGGUUCCGGGCCCAAAACUUUGACUUGGCUAUAGGUGAGCACUUUGACUACUGUGCUCACGCUUUGAUCGAAAAGAUUGGCAUUCCAAAGGUCAUUACCGCUUCUGCUAUUAUGAUUCAGCCAAUGUUGCUGCAACAAACUGGCCAUACACUCAACUUGGGGUUUACUCCUGGUAAGUUGUAGAAAGUUUGAGGCUUGUAAAGGAAGUUUUUGCCAUUCGUUUUGUAAAGAAAGUUUGUGCCAUUUUUGUUUUGUAAUGAAAGUUCAUGUCAUUUUUUGUUUUGUAAACUAAGUUCUUGCCAUUUAUGUUUUGUAAAGAAAGUUCUUGCUAUUUUUCGUUUUGUAAAGAAAGUUCUUGUAUCUUUUGCUUUGUAUAGAAAGUUCUUGCAUUUUUUAAAUCCAAUGUCUUUCAGGACUUGACGAUGACCACGGUAGUCAAAUGACCUACUGGCAACGUGCCAAAGCCUUAUUGAUGUACCCACUCAAGCGAUUCAUGCUCUACCUGACAUUCGAAAGUUAUGUUCUAAAUGCCAUUUCUAAACACUACCGCCCCGACUUCAACGUCAAUGACGCUCUCGGUAAAUCGUCGUAUGUUUUCGUCAACGUUGAUGAACACUUGGCUUAUCAAAUGCCCUUAAGCGAGAAGUUUGUGUACGUUGGUGGGGUAGGUGAGCAUAUGGGUCGUGACCAUUCAUUACCGGUCGAAAUCAACAAAAUUUUGGAAAAUUCUAAUAAAGGUGUCAUUUUGAUGAGUUUUGGCACUAUUGCCAAGAGUUAUUUGAUGCAUGAAGAUACAAAGCAGCAGAUAUUGGCCGCUGUCGCUGCGAUGCCCGAGUAUGAUUUUAUUUGGAAGUAUGAGGUAGAUGACUCGAUUGGAUCGAACUUGACCAACUUGCACAAAAUGAAAUGGACUCCACAGAGCGAUUUAUUAGGUAAGGAAAAGCUUUGCCCUACCCUACCCUGCAAUACCCUACCCUACCCUACCCUACUCUACCCCACCCUAUUUUAUCCUUGGUACCUUACCAUUGCAUGCUUUGUCAUGUGCGACACUAUCAAUCCUAGCCUAUUCUGGCUACUUUACCCUACCAUCUCCUACCUUUUUGUAAUCUUCUUUACCGCACAAUAUCUUGUCUUACUCUACCGUAUGCUACUCUAGCAUGCCACGCCUUUUCUCACCCUGCUUUAUUUCACUUUACUCUACUUUACUUUAGUUAAAGUACAGGGUGUCCCAAGAUUUUUGCGGAAAAGUAAAAGCUUGUUUCUCGAAAAGUACCAGUCCAAAUUGGACGAUUCUUUUUUUAGUACACUUGAAAUUGCGGGCGGAUUUGGUAUUGGUACUUCGUUUUUUGAUAUUCGGCGGAUGGUCGGCGGAGGCUACUUUUUUGCUUUGACCAAUCCAAAACCUUCAUUUUUUGGUUCCUAUGUCACCUGCUGAUUCGUCAAAACGCUUUCCAAUCAAAACAUGUCUUUCCCUGCAUCGGCGGACGACCGGCGGAGAAAAACGGCGAAGGCCAUAACUCCGCUCAAACUCAAUAUUUUUUCACCGGACAAAAAAUGGAAAUGUUAUUUUAAGCUGUUUAAUACAUUUAAUCAAGUUUACAGUUCAAAAAAUUUCAUCGGCGGACGAUCGGCGGAGAAAAUCGGCGAAGGCCGUAUCUUGGUCAAUUUUUGUGACAUAGGAACCAAAAAAUGAAGGUUUUGGAUUGGUCAAAGCAAAAAAGUAGCCUCCGCCGACCAUCCGCCGAAUAUCAAAAAACGAAGUACCAAUACCAAAUCCGCCCGCAAUUUCAAGUGUACUAAAAAAAGAAUCGUCCAAUUUGGACUGGUACUUUUCGAGAAACAAGCUUUUACUUUUCCGCAAAAAUCUUGGGACACCCUGUAGAGUAAGGCUUACGAAUUGUUAAAAUUACUAUGGUUUAUCUUACUCUAGUUUUAUCUAGCCUCAAUCAAAUUUCAGCCCAUCCAAAGUUGCUGGCCUUCGUAACCCACGGUGGAUUGAACAGUGUCAGUGAGACGGCCCACAAAGGAACUCCAUUUGUUUGUAUUCCGGUCUUUGGGGACCAGAACCAUAACUGUUUCUCGGCCCAAGAGAAGGGCUUGGCCGUUAUGAUUGAGAAGUCAGAGAUCACUAAGGAACACCUUGUCAGUGCUUUGAAUGUCAUCUUGGAUCCUAGGUGAGAGAUGUUUGAAAUUCGUCAAAUUUCUAAAAAAUGUGUCAUGAUGACAAUAUAAAUUUAAAAAGACUGUGUCAUGAUGACCGUUUAAAUUUAUAAAAUACGUGUCAUGAUGACAAUCUAAAUUUAAAAAAGCUGUGUUAUGAUGACAUUUUAAGUUUACAAAAAAAUGUCAUGAUGACAUUAUAAAUUUCAAACUUUAACAAAUCCCGUUUUCAGCUACCAAGAACGUGCCAUGAGCUUCGCUAAAAUGAUGGCUGACAAGCCCUUCCAGCCAAAAGACAGGAUUAUUGGGUAUGUUAACCACGCCCUGAAAUACGACGUGAGCACGGCGCUGGACUUGCCGUGCCGUCAAUUGAACUUCUUUCAAAAUUACUUUUUGGACGUACUGAUUCCAGUAGCUUUGGUACUAUUGACAGUUGUUUAUGUGUCAUACCGUAUGACUAAAUCGACCGUAUCCUUUGUACGAAGCUUUUCAAAAACGAAAGUUGAGUAG